AUGUUCAGCCGUGCUCUUGAGAAACGACAAGCUGGACGAUGUGGAACGGGGUUUGGAACAGUCUGCGGACGAAAUGAAUGCUGUUCCAGCGCUGGAUGGUGCGGAACUGGAUAUCUUUACUGCUCUGCUCCCUCGUGUCAGAUCGAGUAUGGGCCUGGCUGCGACGCAAACGUUCGUCCAAAUGGCCCUGAUACAACAAGCGUUGCUCGUCCGAAAGUCGGAAGUAUUCCGUAUGGUCAAGCUAUUUAUCGGUGUAACCGCAACGGCGACAUUGCAUUGACGUACGAUGAUGGACCGUAUACUUACACCGAAGAUCUUCUCGAUCUUCUCCAGCGCUACAAUGCUAAAGCAACAUUCUACAUCACCGGUCGCAACCUCGGAAAAGGCGCUAUCAACGACCCCGAUACACCAUGGCCAGGGCUCAUCCGCCGCAUGGUUCGCGACGGUCACCAAGUCGCCAGUCACACAUGGUCUCAUCAACGUCUCACAACCUUGAGCCGCUCUAAGUUCUGGAACCAGAUGGUUUACAACGAAAUUGCCUUUGCUGAUAUUCUCGGUUAUUUUCCCACUUACAUGCGUCCUCCCUACUCUGCCAGUAAUUCUACGACUGAUGCAUGGUUGAAUGAGCUGGGAUAUCAUGUCGCGUACUUUAAUCUGGAUACAGAAGGAUAUCUGCACGAUAGUCCGAAUAUGAUAAGUACAUCUAAACAAACAUGGGAUAAUACCGUCGAGGGUAGAAGUCCGGCGACGAACAAAUGGCUUCACAUCGAGCAUGAUCCCGUGUAUCAGACUGUUUACAACCUAACAGAAUACAUGCUCCGCUCCAUCCGCCACAACAACUUCACCGCCGUAACAGUAGGCCAAUGCCUGCAAGACCCCCCGUCAAACUGGUACCGCACCGUUUCGUCUUCUUCCUCCCCCACAACAUCCUCCUCAUCAUCGCCCACAUUCCCCGCCACCACAAACGGUCACUGCGGCUCACGACACGGCGGCGCAACAUGUCGCGGGGAACCCAACGGCGAGACAUGCUGUUCGCAGAACGGCUGGUGCGGCGGAACAACUGAUCACUGCGGGAGAGGUUGUCAGCCUGUCUUCGGGACGUGUAGAGAUACGCCUGAGCCAGCGGCGCCGGGGAGAUGUGGAGCUGCCCAUGGGGGGGCGAGGUGUACGGAGAGUGGAUGGGGAUGUUGUUCGAGGGCGGGAUGGUGUGGGAGUACGAGUGAUCACUGUGGGACUGGAUGCCAGGGAGAUUUUGGGACGUGCAAUUAG